AUGCGACUUAGAAUUGCAUCUGGAGACGUUGUCCCUAUUAACUUAGAAAUUGAAGCUACUUGUCGGCAUAACAACGCUGCAAGAAGAAGAAGGGAACAAGACACAGAAGGAAGUAGUUACACCCCACCUCCUCUUUCUCCACAUUACACUGAAAUGGACGGGGAACUGGCACGAAGAGUCACACUAGAGGACUUCUCUAAUACCGCCACUCCUCUGUUCUUCAUAAGUAUUGCAAGGUCAGAGGUUCAAGCAGCCAAUAUCUCCUACCCGCACUCCCUUAUUCAGCUAAUCCAAGGGAACCUCUUCCAUGGUCUUCCAAGCGAAGAUCCAUAUGCUCAUCUAGCCUCAUACAUAGAAAUAUGCAACACCAUCAAAAUCGCCGGAGUCCCAGAAGAUGCGAUACGCCUUAACCUCUUCUCCUUUUCCCUAGCAGGAGAGGCAAGACGAUGGUUGCACUCUUUCAAAGGUAACAACUUAAGAACCUGGGAAGAAGUAGUGGAAAAAUUCUUAAAGAAGUACUUCCCAGAGUCAAAGAUCGCCGAAGGGAAGAUGGAGAUUUCUUCUUUUCAUCAAUUCUCGGAUGAAUCCCUUAGCGAAGCACUAGACCGUUUCCACGGAUUGUUAAGAAAGACACCAACACACGGAUACAGUGAGCCAGUACAACUAAACAUAUUCAUCGAUGGCUUGCGGCCUCAAUCGAAACAGCUACUAGAUGCAUCUGCAGGAGGGAAGAUCAAACUGAAGACUCCCGAAGAAGCGAUGGAGCUCAUCGAGAACAUGGCGGCCAGCGAUCAAGCAAUUCUUCGUGACCGUACCUAUGUCCCCACAAAAAGAAGCCUCUUGGAACUCAGCACGCAGGAUGCAACCUUGGCACAAAAAAGGCUGUUGACGAGGCAGAUAGAAGCCCUUACUAAAACCCUCAGCAAACUGCCUCAACAACUACAAGCGGUAAGUUCUUCCCACUCUUCUGUUUUGCAGGUAGAAGGAUGCCCUACAUGCAGAGGAACCCAUGAGCCUGGACAAUGUGUAAGCCAACAGGACACCUCUCGAGAAGUAAACUAUAUGGGCAUACCAAAUCACGGAUUCCAGGGCUACAACCAAGGGAACUCAUCCGGAUUCCAUCAAGGGGCAGCAAGAUUCAAUCACGGGCCACCGGGAUUUAAUCAAGAAAGAAACUUCACGCAAGGUUCAGGGUGGAGAAAUCAAGGAAACCAAUAUAAGGAGCAAAGGAACUAA